AGAGUUGUUGACGUGUUUCCGUGCAGUCUAAAUUGAGACGUAUGCAGUCUUACUGGUCCCAUAUGAACCUCAACGCUUCAACAUGCCACAGAGAAGCUUUAGCAGCCUGUCCUGUUUGUGUUGAAGCCAACAGGCACAAUAUAUUACAGUCUAGGGCUUGCUGCUGAAAAGCCCGCUGGAUCCUCCACUGACCUGCUGUUCUUUCCUGCUUUCCUCUUGCGUUUUUUUUUUUCCACAUUUAGAUUAAAAACAAAGCUCUCACUCUCUCCUCCCUACCCAAAACCACCACCUCCUCCUUCUUCCUCUCCUUAUUUCUGCUGCAGCAGUCAAGGCUUUAGUGUGUCAGAGAGACAGGGUGAAGAGGAGGAAAAAUAAGAGAAGGGGACUAUUUGCUUCAGCUGAGUGUUUAUGUUUGUGUGUUUUGCCAUUGGACUGCUGGGUGAAAGGGCACAAGGACAAGCCACAAGAAGAGUGGGAAGAGGAGGAGGAGAAGUAUAAGAGAGGAGCUUGCAUGGACUGAAUUCUCUCUCUCAUGUCAGUACGUGUGGACCUGGACUGAUCACAAGCUGAGGAAAAAAAAGGGGGACAGACACUGUAAGGCAGACGAGGAGGAGAAAAAGAGGAGGAGAAACUGUGACUUGGGUUUCACUAGGGAAAGGCUAAGGAGGAGGAAGAAGGAGGCAAAAUCUGGUGCUCCGUUUUAUUAUGACCCUGUUGGAUGAACGAGCCAACGGAGCGAGGGUUCUUCUGCUGAGUGUCAGUGGGAAUUUGCGUUAGAAGAUAAGGACAGAGAGCAACAAGGACGAGAGAACCCAGCGAAGGAGCAGAGACGGUUCUCCCCGAGUGUUUGAGAGUCUGGUUUGUGUGUGACUGUGUGUGGGUCGGUGUAACCAGGUGGAGGGCAGAGGACUGGAGGGCCAGGGGAGUAACCUGGCCAUCAAACGGACUGGAAGCCUCUCCUCUCCUGGGAUCAUGUACCCUCAGGGCAGGCAUCCGGUCCCCUUGCAGCCUGGCCAGUCUUUUAAGUUCACAGUCCUGGAAACCCUGGACAGAAUCAAGGAGGAAUUCCAGUUCCUCCAGGCUCAGUAUCACAGCCUGAAGCUGGAAUGUGAGAAGCUGGCCAGUGAGAAGACGGAGAUGCAGAGGCACUACAUCAUGUACUACGAAAUGUCCUACGGUCUCAACAUUGAGAUGCACAAACAGGCAGAAAUCGUCAAGCGUCUCAGUGCCAUCUGUGCUCAGAUCAUCCCUUUCCUCUCUCAGGAGCACCAGCAGCAGGUGGUCCAAGCAGUGGAGAGGGCGAAGCAGGUCACCAUGGCUGAACUAAACGCCAUUAUUGGGCAGCAGCAGCUCCAGCACCUGUCUCACCACGCCCCCGGCAUCCCUCUGACACCACACCCAUCAGGCUUGUCCCUUGGUGCAGGGAGCUCUGGCCUUUUGGCUUUGACAGGAGCUCUGGGGGUCUCCGCCCACCUCGCUUCCAAAGAUGAGCGAAACCAUCUUGAUCCAGAACACCUUAGAGAGGGAGCCCCCAGCAGGAGUAAGUCGGUGUCGUCAACAGACAGCCAGCCCGCCGAGGAGCGCCAAGGACCCUCAGGAGGAUACUCUGCCUUGCAGGGAGGGGCUGAGGCCAAGAGGAGGCGCUGUGAUGAUAAAGAGCCCCUCCCUCCACACUCCUACGACAGUGAUGGAGACAAAAGCGAGGACAAUCUUGUGGUGGACGUCUCCAAUGAGGAGCCCAACUCCCCCUCCGGCAGCCCGCCUCACUCCCCCCAUGGGAACGGGCUGGACCGGGCACCGACUCUGAGGAAAGAGCUGCCUGGUUCCUCGAGUGCAGGAGAAGCGCCUUCCACGCCAAACCCCCGCAGCCCCACCCCAGGGAAGGCCAAGGACUCUGCACAGAUGGAUAAGUCCCAGUCUCCGCUGUCCAAGUCUGGCACUCCGUCCCCAUCCCAUCGUGAGGCUCUCACCCCGGGAUCAACAGGAGCGCCCGGAGCUCCAGGCCCCAGCACCUCCUGCCUUCGUCUGGUCAGCAAAGCUGCAACAAGCGCAGACCCACUUGCUCUCCGCAGUCCCAUGUCUGUGCCCCCCGGUUCAUACCCGGCUCAUUUUGGCGUGGUGUCCCACGCAGGGCUGAACGGGGAGCUGGCCAGCCCGGGGGGAUUCGGAGGAGCUCUGACUCUCUCUCCACAGAUCAGCGCCGCAGCCAGCGCCUACUCCCGCAGCCCCAUGGUGGCGUAUGACUCUCGGUCUCACCUAAGAGCUCCCGGCCUGUCCUCCUCUCUCCCUGGUUCCUCUGGUGGAAAACCCGCCUACUCGUUCCACGUGAGCGCCGACGGCCAGAUGCAGCCGGUGCCRUUCCCCCCCGACGCCCUGCUGGGCCCGGGCAUCCCGCGUCAUGCCCGUCAGAUCCACACGCUGAGCCACGGGGAGGUGGUGUGCGCCGUCACAAUCAGCACCUCCACACGCCACGUCUACACCGGAGGCAAGGGCUGCGUCAAGGUGUGGGACAUCAGCCAGCCGGGAAGCAAGAGCCCCAUGGCCCAGCUGGACUGUCUGAACAGAGAUAACUACAUCCGCUCCUGUAAAAUCCUCCCCGACGGUCGGACCCUGAUCGUCGGAGGCGAGGCCAGCACGCUGUCCAUCUGGGAUCUGGCCACGCCGACUCCCCGCAUCAAGGCGGAGCUGACGUCGUCCGCCCCGGCCUGCUAUGCCCUGGCCAUCUCCCCCGACAACAAGGUCUGCUUCUCUUGCUGCAGCGACGGCAACAUCGUCGUCUGGGACCUGCACAACCAGACGCUGGUCAGGCAGUUCCAGGGCCACACAGACGGAGCAAGCUGCAUCGACAUUUCCAAUGAUGGCACCAAGCUCUGGACGGGAGGGCUGGACAACACGGUCCGCUGCUGGGACCUGAGAGAGGGCCGGCAGCUGCAGCAGCACGACUUCACCUCACAGAUCUUCUCCCUGGGUUACUGUCCCACAGGCGAGUGGCUGGCUGUGGGGAUGGAGAGCAGCAACGUGGAAGUGCUGCAUGUGUCCAAACCCGACAAGUACCAGCUGCACCUCCACGAGAGCUGCGUCCUCUCCCUCAAGUUCGCAUACUGCGGAAAGUGGUUUGUCAGCACAGGAAAAGACAAUCUGUUGAACGCAUGGAGGACACCAUAUGGAGCGAGCAUUUUCCAGUCCAAGGAGUCCUCGUCUGUGCUGAGCUGCGACGUCUCCCCAGAUGACAAGUACAUAGUGACGGGCUCCGGGGACAAGAAGGCCACUGUGUACGAAGUGGUGUAUUAAAGAAUAAGUGGACACGGGAAACGAUAGGAUGGACAGAGGCUUUUAUUUCUUUCCACUUUUUUUGUUUUUGUUCUUAGUUAUGCAUCAACUCCACUUGAUUCUCAACACCGCCAAACGUCGUCUUCAUCUUCUCGAAUCAUCAGCCCUAAAACUUCAUCACUGCCCUCUUGUUUUGCUGUAAUAUAAGCUGCUGUAGUUGUUCCCAAAUGUCCCCUCACCUUCCCCUUCCUCCACCCAGUCUAAGCUCGUUGAAUGAGGCCUGAUAGUGGAGAGACAGAAUGAGAAACGGCAAGAUAAGGAAGACAAAGGGAAGAGGGCGGUGGAGUGUAAAGAUAAAGUUGUGAGGAGAAAGAGAGGAAAAACGAGUAAGAGAGAGCGAUAGAGCAGAAGGAAGCGACAUUAAAUGGGGGUUCGGGGAGGUGGGGGGAGGUAGGGUAAUUAGGGCUGUUUCCUGAUUAAGAGCUCAGUGGAAGGGAGGCCCCCAGAGGAGGCGUGGAGCGGCACGGUGGGAGCGCCAGCCAGGAGCACUGAUACCACACAAUCGAUUCAUUAGCGAGACAGUGGAGGCCUUAAUGAGGCUGACGGUGCAGCUCCAUCUCCCCAGCGAGAGGUGUCAGGAGCCGGGGAACGAUGACGCGGCGAGAUGCUUCAGAUUUCCACAUAAACCGACGCGAAAAAACCGCUCAAGACGCACAGAGCCGAGAGUACAAACGCUCCGAUACGUCCCCCCGACUCCCGCCGCCGAUUGAGGUAAACGUAAGACGGUGGGUGGGGGGGGAGGAAAAACACACAAGGAGCCGAGCAUCCAAUUAAACAUUCAUCCCAGCGCCCCCCACUCUCCUGCCUUUCUGCCUAAUAUCUAUUUUAUUUUGGUCUGACAAAGGCAGCAGCCUAAUGAGCAGGGGAGUCGAUGGGAUUCUCCCAGGGCCCGGAGACACAAACAGAGAACAUCAGCCGAUCCGUUGCCUCUAAUUCCUCCGGAUUGUUCUCCUGACAUCCAGCGCCGCGCUCACUCUCAUUAAAAGGCGCUGUCAGCUAGAUGAAGUAGCAGCACAACCAAGCUCACUGUGAGGCACACUGGAGGGCAAAUUAACACCACGCGAUUACACCAUCAUCAGUAGCUAACUAAGCAGUGACUAAUCCAAUUCCUUUCAAAUUUUAUGCAACUAGUUGCUGUUUUCAUUUCUGCACGUCUUCAUCUCCAUCCCUGCUUACCUGCUCUGAUUAAACCUUGUUUUAUAAGCCAUUGCUUAUCAUUAAAGUAGAGGGUAAACAUUUUAAACACGUCCAUAAACUAAAUGAAUGCACCACUCCUGUGUCUGUAAACUAAGUGUGAAGUUGGCAAAGUCCACUGACUGAAAACAGAGGGGGUCUACCGCAGCUGCAUGUUAUCUGCACACAGCACAGUGUGUCCAGCUAAGAUCACCAAUUAAAACGCUGUAUCUUGUUUGUUUGAUCCUUGGAAAUGCCACUGUGCGAAAAUAAAUUGCCACUUUUCCAUGGUCUGAAGCGGUUGCCGGGACAACAGGUGGCAUUGCAGGAAGUCUGCGGCUUUGCCCGAGCAAAAUCUUGGCACCAAAAGGACCCCCACACGUCGCUUUUUAAACAAAUUUGAAAUGCUGCUGAGCAAUAAAGCCGUUUCAAACUUUCUCUUAUUCGCUCAUUAGCUGUUGCAUAUUCACUAUUUUUUAAGAUUAAAGCUUUUGUUCUAUACAUGCAAAGCUAAUCAAAUUCUGUUAUGUUUUAUAUGUGCAUUAUAUUCACAUUUAAGUUUUACAUGAAUAGACACCGGUGCCUAAAUCUGAGGUAAUGGGAAGUAUGAUUUUGCUGUUUUCAGUGGAAAAUGCAUUGUAAUCAACAUAAUCUGUCUUCGUAUCACAGACACAACAUGAGGACUAACACCCUCCAUGUUUAUUGGCACUCUUGGUAAAAGUGUAUAAAAAACAUUUUAAAAUGUACUAUUUAUCAUAGUAGUAUACUGAAGUGUUGAAAACCUUUAUUUUUCUUAAUUCAGGAAUAAAAUAUCAAAAUGUGCUUGCCAACUCUUACAAUAAACGUCUCUGAAACAUUUCCCAUUGUAUACUUUUAACAUUUUUUAUUUUAAUUAAUACAAAUUAUGUUUUCUUGGGUUAUUGAUAUGAUGGGACACAAAUGUCCUGUUCUCUUGAGAUUUGGUACACGUGUCUCACUUUAAUUUUCCCGUCUUUCCUAAUUGGAAGAGUGAUUAAGUCAUAAAAUAGCUUCAGAAAUUGCUACUAAUCUCAACUUGUCCACAGUUACAGUCAGACCAAUACUUAAAAAGCUUAAAACAACUGGAAGUGGGACAAAAGACCCAUGAUUAUCUUGCCCACAGACAAUGAGGGAAAUGUUAAAAGGGUCAUGGUCACUGCUAGAGAGCUGCUGAAAACAGUUAAUGCAAACUGACACUAUUGCAGUAAAACAUUAAUUUAUCCCAAGAUAUUUUUUACUCAUUUCUAUAAGUGUCAAUAAUUGUGGAGGGUGAUGUUAACCAUACGCUAAUAUUUUUGAAGAACUGCUUAUCCGUCUCAGUUUUUAUACUGCAUUUCAAAAGAUAAGUUUAAUCUGUUGCGCUGUUUAGACUCGACAACUUGGGUUUUAAAUAUGCCAUGCUUUCUACAUAGUCUCUAAAAUCCUCCGUGUUGGACUGAGAGGGAGACACACCACUUCACAAGUCAACCGUUUGGAGGUUUUUACUGUGCUGGACACCUGAUCACUUCCCAAUAGUUAGCACCCUGAGCUGAGGAAGCAUGUUGAUGCUAAAGCAUGUUGAUGCUAACAUGCUUCAUCAGUCCAUCAGUCUCUUUUGUAGCAAAGGCCUCAGCUGUAUGUUACUUUUACUGUACCACCAGAAUGAGAGAAUAAAUGAACUGAACUGAGUGGUGAACACGGUUGUGGGACGCGACCACUCCUUUAUAGCAACUUUAGCAAAUUUUUAACAGCUCUAGUUUUUUCUUUUGAUUUCAUGAAGCUGCAACUGAAACUUUUGAAUGUGGACGCGUCGGAUCUGUUUUCAGUACGUGCUAAAAGCUAACCACAGUUGGCCUACAGACUUGUAUGGUAAUGAGCAUUAAACAUAUUUAUUUGGACUUUUCUACUUUCCAUAUCACUUCACAUAUUCCAAAAUAAGAAAACUGCGUCAGCGCUCUCAGUUUCUGUAGAGCCUGUGUUUAGAAAUAAAAGGCAAAUUUCAAUUUCUUCUAUUAAUUCACUGCAUCAUUUCAUUAUUUUUUUUUAUGACUAGUGAUUGCUUGUCCUGUAUAAUAUGUUUAUGUACUCGGGUUGCCUGUGGCUUGUUUUGGGCUCAGAGGGGGAUACAUACUUAUGGAGAUAGAUAAUCAAGGGAACACAGGUAGGAUGUAUUGAAAACCUACCAAGAACUCCACUGUUUGUUGUUUAUUCUUUAUCCCCCCCUUUUCAAAAGUGGUAGUAAGUGUACUCGAGUCUAUUUCUUAGCCUUAUGUUGUUUUCAGCUCCUACUUCUGUUGAUUCGUGCCUGUGUUCAGCAGGCACUAAAGAUUUGCUAUGAAGGAGGCUCCACUUUCACUGCAUGCUUGUUGCACUAAAGCUGAGCUGCUCAAAAGGAAAAAAUAAAUAAAAAUAUUUUAUACAGUGGCGAUCCUUAACGGUCCUCUUUUCAGAAAAUAAUAAAGGCGGUAUGCAAUUUUGUUUACUUGUAUCCAAUGUUAGAAAAGUUUAUCUGAUUUUUUUAGCUGCAGCGCUGAAGCCUGAACAUAAUCAUGAGGGCCUUCUGCAGAGUCAGAGACGUUCUGUACAGCUUCCUGCCUCUCUUCUUUUUUUCCUCUCUGUCCAAAAGCCCCAGGUAGCCAUAAAUGAUUCUCACGUACACAAACUUGUAUGCUACUCAAAACGAUGCUGUAUAAUGGCUAUGCAUAUGGUGGUCUAGCGUCAGUAUUUGGGACAUUGUAUUUGAUACUUUGUUUGAAUUAACAUUUCCCUGCCCCACCUGUGCUUCUGUUUCGACAGUGUAAAAAAAAAAAAAAGACUUUUUCUUUUAUGGCUUAUAUUAACUUUUCUGUUUUGGAAAGCCAAGGAAUUUUAUUUUAUUUUUUAAAUGCACUGUCUUCCCCUCCUGAUGUGUUUUUUUUUCCUUGUGCUGUACAACAAAUGCUAUCUGUGAAGAAUAAACCAAACUUGUGCUCAUCA